AUGAAGUACUCUGUUACAAUCCUCGUAACUUCGGCUGCCAUUGUCAGUGCUCAAGGUCUUACAUAGUGAGUUCUGACAUUACCUCCAUCAUGAUACGAUCAACUGACAAGCACGUAGCACUGGGGAGACCGGGGCAUUCUCUUGUGGUAACAAGCCUGAUGGGCAAUUCUGCGGUCUCGAAGGGUCCCUCAACACCAAUGUUAUCUUCACUUGCACGAAUGGUCAGCCUUCGCCGAAGAACUGCAAUGCCAUCCUUCAAAACGAAUUCCCAACCGGUAUCAAAUUUUCUCCUUGCUUCGAGACAAGCCCGGAUGCCGGUGAUGCUGCAUGCUCCAAGAACUGCUUAGUUCAUGGAGAGAAUGGCAGCAUAGCAACAAUCCCUGAUUCAGCAAACUGUGUUCCGGUUCCAAUGCCUAGAAUUGCAGUACCAAUCAGCUCAACGAGUUCCCCCAGCUCAUCAGCCCCCUCUUCCUCUUCAAGCGGUGCUCUCUCCUCUUCAAGCGGUGCUCCCUCCUCUUCAAGUGGCACCCCCUCUUCUUCUUCGGGCAGCUCGUCCCAGAGUGGAUCAUCAACCUCGUCCGGUUCUUCCUCAGCUCUAUCGUCGUCAGCUAUGCCAUCGUCAAGCUCUAUGGUCACGAGUACAGCUAGUUCAAGUAUCGCUUCGUCUUCAAUUUCCAACUCAACUGUCACUUCCUCCAGUUCUAUGCGUCCAUCCAUGGCCAGCAAUUCCACAAUCUUGACUUCUGCCCCUGGAUCUGCCACUGCUACAGCGUAAGCUACCCAGUAUCCAUCCUAGCCUCUUGAAAGUUUCUAACAAAUCUCACAGCCCUGUUGCUCCCACUGGCCCAGCGAACAGAAACAACACAGGCGGAAAUGGGAACAAUGGUACCAACGGAAAUAAUGGCGAUAAUGGAAAUAAUGGCAAUAACGGCAACAAUGGAAACAACGGAAGCAAUGGAAACAACGGCAACAAUGGAGCAAACGGGGCAAACGGGGCCAAUGGCCAAAAUGGGGCAAAUGGCAACAACGGCGGAAACGGAGGCAACAAGCCUACAUCCCCUUCCACACCUCCAGCGGUCGAGUUCACCGGCCACGCUGUCACAAAAGCCGCCUCCACGGCUCUUGCAGCACUCGGUCUCUUCAUCGCAUAUUUCCUAUAA